AUGGAGUUCAUCCAGGCCAUGGAGAUUAUCUACACAUUCCUAAAGCGAUGCUGUCACCUCUUAGUAGGCGAUCUCUUGGCCGAUGAGAAAGGGCAACCGGAAAAGUAUCCCACCAGCUCACCGACGACCUGUGUAAUUGAGAAGACUACGAACUAUACGAACCGCGCAGAGAUUUCACUGUUGACUCCGUACGGUGUUCCCAGACAGUUGAACUUCGACCGCUUACGCAGCUUGAUUGGCUCCAAGGUCGGUGAACUGGAAGAUCAUAUUUGGGCACUUCGAGAAGACCCAGGCUACUUUUCUGAGGUCUUCAGUGACUACAAGUCACAUCGUGGCGAGUACAUGAAGUCGGCUGACGGGAAUGUAAACUCUAUCCUGAAGGAGCCGCCUCACGAAAUGAUCGGUCUUAUUCUUCGCCAUCUCAUCACAGACCCAUAUCUAGCUCUGUUCUAUUGGCAUGAGUGCUUGCGUCUGGUGGAGCUUCUACAGUUCACCGCUCGGCAAUUUGACUCCAGAUCGUCUACUAGUCAGAAUUUGCCCGAAGUGCAGCACAGAAACUUUCUGAGGCUGUGGACAAUCCUCCAUGCUAUACACACAGACGUUCACGAAUGCUUCCGACAGCGAGCUCCGAGAGCACCCGGUAUGCAACCCUACUUCGUUAAGCUCAUCGCGGAUCCCAAUAGCGGUAAUAGCUGGAUCACGAUUGACCGAACGCAAGCAAAGGGCGAUUCGACUACCACUCGCUUUUUGCAGGUAUUAUCGCGUAUCUGGAGUGUGCCCGUGCCACCAAAAUCGGGAUUCGUUGCUGAGCUGGAUGAUCUGGAGAGAAUGGUCGUAAAGGAGCCUGAGGCCAAGGGCCUGUUGUCUUCCUUUGUUUGGUCAGACUUUUCACAGAUCGCGAUCUCCUCAGAAUGUAUUCAGCAGAUCCGAUCGUAUCAACCCUGGGCUACGCGCAUCGAAAAUGACUAUGGUCUGCUUAAUUAUGAACUCUUGAUGGAGUUCAGGGAUUUUGGAAUGAGGUGGGCAGCUGUUGCGCCAAUGAGACGCUUCAGGAGUGUCUCAUUAGCGCGCCUAGCAGAUCCAUCAGACGGGAAAUUCCAUUACCCAGUCACCGAAGAACACUGUCACUAUACAACGAACGCCUUGCGUCUUGCAGAAGACAAUCUCGAUACCUUUUGGGCCGCUGCGGACGCAUUCUGCAAGGAGCAGACUGGAGCUACCUACCCUGAUCUGCUAACGCACGACAUCACCCGUGGGCGCUCUCUUCGUCGUACCGCACCGUGGAUUGAGCCGGCGACCCAGAACAAUGAUGAAGUUCGCCCCCAGUACGUGUACAGGCCCCUUCUAUCUACUAUCAACGAGAAGACAAAGACUCGUGGCAUCGCCGGCCCAGUGAGCCAUAUUGGCCCACAUCAUUCUGGACCUGAUGAGCUCUUGGACCUUCCACCGCCGCAAGUAACAGUCGACAAGCGGUCUCACUUGGUCUUCAAGACUCUCUUCUUCUCUCCUUCCGCGCGGGAUGUCCCAGGUGAAGUAGCAUGGAAGGACUUCGUUCACGCCAUGGUCCAGCAAGGCUUUGAAGCUGAGAAGCUACACGGUUCGUCCUGGAGAUUCACACCGACGACCAUGGGUGCAGAACGCGCGAUUCAAUUCCAUGCUCCACACGGCGCGCUCAGCAAACUACCUCUGACGUGGGCAAGACGAUAUGGCAGGAGGCUGGAGAGAGAGUAUGGGUGGACGGGCGAGAUGUUUACUCUUGCCUAG